AUGACCUUCCUCACUUUGACGCCUUGGUUGCAUCGUAAUGCGUAUGACGAGGAUGGAAGAGUCUGGUACGAGGAGUGCAUCUCAACCAGAUUCAUUCGGCCUGUUGAAGAGGCCGUGAGGGGGGCCUUGAAGAAUGCAGAUUGGGACCCCCUCCUUCCCAAGGCUGGCAAGAGGAAGAAGGUCUCGACCGUGCUUUCUCGACCAAGUACGCCGGCCGCGGCCGUACCCAGGGUGGCGGCCCCUCCUUUGGCCAGAGCAGCGAUCGUGACUUCAAUCGCGGCCCCAACCUCCAGAGCGCCGGCUGUGGUAGGGGCGCGAAAAACCUUGGCACAUAGGACCGUGCCAUCCGUCCCGCCGGCUCGACCGAUCGUUACCAUUGCCCCGGGUCGUAAGAGGGGUCGAGAGGCCUCAAGUAUUGAGGUCGCGCCGGUCGAAAGUGUUGCGGUUGAGACGGCAGUGUCAGAGCGGCCAAGAAAAAGGGGCAAGGCAGUGGCCGAGGAGGAAGCCGCUGCCGAGGUGGCGGUUGAGGGGGCGGCAACUGCCGAGGCGGCAGAAAUGCUGGAUUUCGAGGCAGCAGUCGCAGAGGUGCCAGCCACUGAGGAGGCUGCCGCGGACAUGCCAGACGACGAGGUCCUUGCCAUGGAACCGUCGCGGGCCGCCCUGGUGGAAGUCCAUUCGGCUGCCUCUGCCGUGCCUAUCUUGGCCGUUACCGCGUCUGUCGAGCCGUUACCAUCCGCUCCUCGUCGUUCAAGCGGCAUUGUGAUCCGCUUGCCUCCCCGGUCGUCGCUGUCGCUAUCCACGGUUGCUGUGAGCAUGCCCCCAGCGCCGUUGUCCCAGGACUCGACGGUAGUAACUGAGCUUGCGGUGGUUGAGGCGAUAGCUACUGACGCGCCAAGUCCGCCGCCUAUCUCUUCGACGGUCCUGACCGAGCUUGUGGGUGCAGAAGUUCUCAGCGCGCCAUCGGCCGCUGAAGAGACCGCCUCCUCCAAUGAUCUCGAAGAGUUAUACGCCAGCCUCCAUGAAGAAGGAGGCAGCUCGGCCUCGGCUCCCUUGGACUAG